AAUAUAGGGUUGUAGUUGAAGGGCAUUUUAGAGAAAGGAGCAGAAUCUGAAAAGGGAGAGAAAAGAAUAGUUUGCAGUAAAGUGUGAGAAGAGAGUGAAGAUUUGCAGCUGAAGCAGAAUCAGAAGCAGGGGAGGAGGAAGUCAAGUUCACCCUCCUUUUCAAUGGCAAACUCUAAGCUCCUUUUUCUCAUUCACAUCAUCUUCCUCUCUUUCUCCGCCUUCGCUCAAGCAGAACCACUACAUUCCCUGCUCAAGUACCAAAAUCAAGAGGAAGAGGAAAAGCUUCCAUUCGUCGGCGUCAACAUCGGCACUGACGUCUCCAACCUUCCACCUGCCUCCGACCUCGUCGCCUUCCUUCAACUGCAGAAGAUAACGCACGUGCGAAUCUACGAUGCCAACCCGGACAUCCUCAAAGCCUUGUCGGGGACAAAGAUUCGGGUCAUUAUCAGCGUCCCCAACAACCAGCUCCUCGCCAUUGGCUCCUCCAACUCCACCGCAGCUUCCUGGAUCGACCGAAACGUCGUCGCUUACUAUCCCCAAACCCUAAUCGCCGGAAUUUCCGUCGGUGACGAGGUUCUCACCACCGUCCCCUCCUCCGCCCCCCUCAUUCUCCCCGCCGUUCAGUCCCUCUACAACGCCCUCGUCGCUUCCAACCUCCACCAGCAAAUCAAGGUCUCAACCCCUCAUGCCGCCUCCAUCAUUCUCGACCCUUUCCCUCCCUCUCAGGCUUACUUCAACCAAACCCUCGUCUCCUUCAUUCUCCCUCUCCUUCAGUUCCUCUCCCGCACCGGUUCCCCUCUCAUGAUGAACCUCUACCCCUACUACGUCUUCAUGCAGAACAAGGGCGUGGUUCCUCUCGACAAUGCCCUCUUCAAACCCCUCACUCCUAACAAGGAAAUGGUCGAUCCCAACACCUUGCUUCACUACACCAAUGUGCUCGAUGCCAUGAUCGACGCCGCCUAUUUCUCCAUGAAGAACCUCAACAUCACCGAUGUUGUUGUUCUUGUCACCGAAACUGGGUGGCCUGCCAAGGGUGACUCUAAGGAGCCUUAUGCCACCAGGGACAAUGCCGAUACCUACAAUUCCAACUUGAUUCGGCACGUGUUUGAUCGCAGUGGAUCCCCUUUGCAUCCAGAAACUACUUCCAGUGUGUUUAUCUACGAACUCUUUAAUGAAGACUUGAGGGCUCCACCGGUGUCGGAGGCCAACUGGGGUUUGUUUUACGGGAACUCUACGCCGGCGUAUCUGCUUCAUGUGUCCGGAAUUGGGACCUUUUUGGCGAACGAUACCACCAAUCAGACAUACUGCAUUGCCAUGGAUGGGUUUGAUUCGAAGACGUUGCAGGCUGCGCUGGAUUGGGCUUGUGGACCUGGAAGGGCCAAUUGUUCGGAGAUUCAGCCUGGGGAGAGUUGCUACCAGCCUAAUACUGUGAAGAACCAUGCUUCGUAUGCGUUUGAUAGCUAUUACCAGAAAGAAGGCAAGUCUCAAGGAACUUGUGACUUCAAUGGGGUGGCUAUGAUCACCACCACCGAUCCCAGUCACGGGAGCUGUAUAUUUCCUGGAAGUAAAAGAGUGAGCAACAAAACAAAGGAGGUGGUGAACUCCACCGUGUCAAGCAGUGCAGGGGAAAAGUUUAGGCUCAGCAUUAAAAUAAAUGCAAUUCACAACGUUUUGCUCAUUUUCUUGGCUGCAUGUCUCCCCACUGUGUUGUUGAUCCUUUUAUGAGCUGCAAAUAAUUCAAUUUUUUGUUCUUUUGGGAAUUUUGAAUUUCAUUAAGUUAAGGAUAAGGUCAUAAGAGGAAAGGAAUAAUGUAUGUUCUGUAGGUCUAAAUUUCUAGGGUUUAUUAGAUGCUUCCUUUCAUUAGAAAGUAGCGUUGAUUAUUUUUCGUGGGGGGCUCUUGUAAUUAACGUACGUAUUUCUUAAUCAAUUUGUUUACAAUGUCGUCACCAUUA